GGCCUUCCAACACAUACUAUAAUCUCGUUACACCAUGCAUUAUGUCUAGCGAUCUCUUGACAGAGCUUCAACGUCAUUUUCGCGACGUAAAUGACCAGUUUGCAGCCAUCAUAGAACAACUUGUCCACAUAGCGCCACCUGUGCCCGUUGAAGGCGAAGGCAUACCGCCGAAUUCAGCUGAGCUACAGGCGAAAGCGCAGGAGCUGUCUAAGGGCCUUGCUCAGCGCUUCAAGGACAUAAAUGCGCUUAUAGACAAGCUGCCGGACCUACGUGAAACGCAAGAGCAGCAGGACGCACGUAUAACAGCUCUGCUGCAAGAGCAUCACGCGUUGCGGAAGGAGUUGGGCACGGCCAUCCAGGACACGGAGCGCAAGCUGGAGGAGGUCCACGGGUGCUACGAGGUGCUUUCACAGCACGCUCUCACGCAGGCUGGGAAGAUGGUAGGAGGAGACUUGUGAGGGUUGGGGACUGUGGUGCUGGUAUGUACGCUGGGACGGUCUUGCUGAUCCUGUAUGAGAAAGACAGCACAGGGCAGGUAGCUAGGCUUGGCUUACCGCUUAAGUAUUGGGCUGGCAUGAGCGGGGCUGCUCUCUAGAUCGCUGGUAUCGCGGGACGACGGCUGCUGCGUAGCACCGGUUUGUCGUGGGACGGCCGGUUUCUGGCCCUCGGACCGGACCACGAUGCGCCCGUCAGGGGGGUAAAAGGGUGGAUUUCUUGUUUCCAAUGAGGGUGAAGGAUGACUGGCUGGCAGCGGCAGUCGGGAGGGGGGCAGGAUGUUGCUGGUAGGUUGGCUCUGUACUUUUGGUUGGCUCAUGUGGAGAGGGAAGAAAAGUAUAAUUAACUCAUGGUCAUUGCAGGAUGUCGGAUGAAGCAUGCCCGCUUACGAGGCCCCCCUUACUCGCUGCCGUCUACGAUAGAGCCCGCCAGGGCUGCGCAUGAUGAGACAAUGUGUGGUUACGGUUGGAUGCGGCAUGGAGGAUUGCGCGGCUCCUUGCCCCUUCCCCCUCCCAUGGCGUUUCGUAUGUCACGGUGCAUUGCGGAUGGAAGAUCGGGCGGUAUGGUUGCUUGCGUGGCCUCCCUUGACCUCUUGCAUGUUUCCCAUCUCUCACAGUGACGUGGCGAUGGGGGGUUGCUGGUUUGCAUGGGGGAAGGAGUUCAGGCGGCUGUUACCAUGGUACUAUUGCUGUCUCACUGCCCUUGUAGCGCUGCCGACACUCUCUGUUUACCAAAGUGUGGCCCUGUGUGUCGCCACCUACUUAAGCCUAGGUCACGGAGGGUUUUACUCUAGCCCCCCUCUCGUGUUUCUGGGUUACGUCGCAGCGGCAGUAAUAGGUGGUGGGCGCCAGUAGCGAUUGAACGAGUAUGAACCUGAUAUCGAGAAGUACCAUAC